AUGGCGCAACCUUCAACUCCCGGUCAAGCACCGGUAUCAUCCAUCUUCGGCGGCCCUGCGUCCCAUGCUCCAACCCCAACCCAUCCAAACCCAGUCAUCACCAGCCUGGCAUUAUCGACCACGCCGUCGAUGAGUACUGCUCCGACCCCGACCCCGAAUUCUGGCGCCUCGUCUUCCAACAACACAUACAUCAUGCCCAACUCCCCGGCCAAGACCCGACCUGUUUCGGAUGGAUAUCGUCCAAAAAUCACACGCACUUUGGGCCAGCGACCCGCGUGCUUGGUGAAUGCAUCUGUGACUUACUGCGGGAACAAUCAAAUAUAUGCUUUUGGUGGAUUCGAUCAAUACACGGAUGAAGUGUACAACCAUGUGCUUCGGCUAGACCUCACAAGUCAUCAGUGGAGCUUGGUUGAUAAUUAUGGCGAUAUUCCCGGCGUGCGAAUGGGCCACACUGCCACUUUGUAUCAAGGCGACAAGCUAUUAGUCUUCGGCGGCGAAAACGAACAUCGAACGUACUUAUCCGAUCUCAUCGUCUUCGACCUCAAAACCGCCCACUGGACCCAACCCCAGGUGUCCGGCCCUAUUCCCAAAGGCCGAGCGAGACAUGCUGCUGUUUUGCAUGAAGACAAGCUCUUCAUCAUUGGCGGCAUUACUGGUCAAAAUAAUUACGUCCUGGAUGACAUAUGCUACCUCGAUCUCAAGACCUUCACAUGGUCCAAGGCUUGGCGGUUUGUCGGCCGAUUCGAUCAUUCCGCUUCCAUCUGGGGUGAUCGUGUGUGGGUGUUUGGAGGUCUAAGCGAGGACAUGGACAAAAUCAGUGACUUGUGGUGGCUUGAUCUGAAAGGAUGUCCAGAAUUUGACUCUCGCCCACAUAUGGGAGUCUUUGAUCGCAAUUCCAUUGUCAGCAGAGCGAGCGGCUCCCCUCGCCCGCCCUACACAAUAGCUCCAGCACCGGCUGUGGGUUCGUCUGGCUAUGCUGCAAACUCAAGAACCGCGCAAGUUAAUCCGCCAUCUUUUCAGUUGAAGUCAUAUGCCCCAAUGGCUCCAGGAACCAUUUCAGCUGUAAAGUUCAUGUCCGGCCAGACACUCCCCUCCCAAGGCUCCGGAAUCCACUACCAUCAAUAUACAGCCGGGACUUUGCUUGAUUUUGUGACGCCGGCAGCCACUAUCACCCCCAGGGAGUGCUCCUUGUCGGUUUUGGAUCUGAAUACCCUGCGGUGGCAGAAAUUAGCUGAAGGUCGAGAAAUUUUCAAACCUGGAUAUAGAUGGCACUACUGUACGAUGAACGAGGAUGGCACCAAAGCAUGGCUGCUCGGUUGUCCGACUGAUCCUGUCUCCAAUGAUCUUGGACCUAAUGGGUACGAGGAAUACCUCAGCGAUAUCAUGGAGAUUGAUCUGCGACGAUACGGCUUCCUCGGUAAUCAUAUGACACCCGAGCCUCGAGCCGAGUCCCGGCCUUUAGCUCACUCAAGGUCAUCGGAGCAGCCUUCCAAAGGGUUAGGUAGCGACCUUGCGAAGCUCUUUAAUCAACCACCGGAGUCCGGUAGUGGCACAGAUUUUAUCAUUACCGCCCUUGCUGAAGACUAUGAAGAUGAGGACGUACUCAGCUCUGGCCUCUUCCGCUCAUCCUCGGCACCCCGAGACGAAAAUUGGCUCGCUUCAGAUGCUCCAACCUCGCAGCCAAUUCACGUGCAUAAACUCAUCUUACAAGCCCGUUGGCCGCACUUCGCACGCCUCUACAACGCUCAGAUGGCAGAGUUUCAUACCAAGAAGAUGCAUAUUCCAGAGCCCUACUCGGUGGUAAAAGCUUUCCUUCUCUAUCUGUAUACCGACAGCAUCCACGGAACGUCGGAGGCAGAUAGUGAUGCCACGACGGAUCUCUCGGAUGUGGCUGGUCUUUUAGUCAUGUCCAACAUUUACAACAUCCCUCAUCUCAGACUUCUCUGCGUCAACCGACUUGCCAAGGAACUCGAUGUCGAGAAUGCCUGUGUCAUCUGGUAUUGUUCCGGCUUGGCCAGUGAGGAAUGGCUACGUAAGCGUGCGGCUAUGUAUUGUAUGACUCACUGGGGGCGCAUCGUCCGUACCCAAGGCUUCCUUCGGCUUCCACGUUCCGCCCUGGUCGAGCUUUCACAAGAAAUUGACAUGGAAGGCCGCGUAGUGGCGGGUGAAGACCUCGAGUGGGGGAGCAUGAGCUCAAGAUACGGGGAUGGGAGCCACGGCGGUCGAAAGGAGAGCAUCAGUAGCAACCACACCCAGAUGGUUGAGUCUGAGGCGGACGAGGAUGAAGGCAUGGAAAUAAAUUGA